AUGGACGCCCCCUCCCUCCUGAGCCCCCCCAACCCCGCGGCGGACCCCGUCAAGCCUCAAGCAUCCAUCCUCCUCAACGCCCCAGGCCGCCCUCCCGCCUCCCCCAGCAUCACACCCCACAAUGCCGCUCCCCUAGACUCCCCCAGCAUCUCGGGCUCGUCCCUCCAGAGCACAAGCACCGGCACCAGCAACGGCAAUCCCUUUUUCAGCUCAGACUCGUCCCAGACGAGCAUACCCCACUCGUCGCCCCCGCUCCCCUCGUCGGCCCGCCAUCCGUCCCCGGCCCCUUCCCACACCUCGUCCUUCUCCUCGCAGCAGGGCUCGGGCGGCUACUACCCCGCGUCCAUGACUGCUCCUGGCUCCCCGUCGCUCGGCACUGUCAACCGGCGCACCAGCACACCCAAGAUCUCUUUUGCCCCCCUCCCCACCGUGCCGCCCGAGUUUCGCAGGCGAAAUUCCAUCUCGCUCGGUGUGGCUUCGCGCCGAAACCUGAUCGGGGCGCAGAAUGGCCUGCCGCCAGGCGUGCAAAAGCACAGCGGGGUGCAUAGUGUGAUUAUGAACGAUGAAGAGUGGGAAGAGUACCAGAGGCAGUACCAUGAACGGAAGGGCAACGACGGCGUCGUCGACGUAGGUCAACUUGCCAAAUCCGGUGCCAAAGCCCUCUGGCGCUCCGUCAAACGUCGGCGCUCCUCCUCCCAAACCUCCCAGGCCUCCCAAGCAUCCACCGACUCGGCGUCCACCAACCUCUCCAACGCGCAAUCCGCCGGCUCGGGCACGCCGUCCGGCGUAUCCCAGCAGGGAGGUUUAUCAACCAAGCCGGGUGGAGCGGGAGAGACGAUGAGCAGUUUACAUACUGUGGAAGAGGAUGAUGAGCACCAUUCGCCUCCGCCAGGUCCGGCAGCGGACCUUGUCAGAGACGAUUCGGGCGCGCAACCUCUCCAUGCGCCGCUUGCCAAACGCCCGAGGUCGCCGGGUGUCAAGCUCACAAAAGAGGCGCUGGCAGCCGAAGGCUUGGACGACGGCGAUGGCGAGGGAGGCGAGGCUACCCCGAGGCGGAGACCCAGCCCGCCGCCGAGGUUGGCCGACAAGCUUCCCACCGCAGACGAGCUCGCAGAAGGUCGCGAAGAAGAAGAAGAAGACGAGGACGAGGACGAUUAUGAAGACUCGUCGGUGGGAUACGAAGAAGAGCAAGACGAGCUCAGUACGGUCGAAGAGAAGGAAGACAUUUCGGCUCACGCGCAUCACCAUGCUCUGCACGAGCACCAUGAUCACGAGCACGAGUCGCACGAGGAGAGAGAUAGGGAUAGGAAGGCGUCCGUGUUGGGUUUCGAUGUGGAGCGAUUCGGUUUGAUGGAGAUUGGGGAGCAGCAGCACAGGGGGAGGAGAUGAUUCGAUUUGGAACCAUUCGUGGUGAAAUUGCUCAUGACCGAGAGCUAUUUGGACAGAUUUAUACAUGACUGAUUCUAUCAGGAGGUUUUUUUUUGUACUUAUACCACGACGCAAUGUACGCAUAUAUUUGGUCGCCAUUCAUUGCCUUUAGAGGACGGGGGUAGUCAUAGUAUAACGCGCUCAAAAGAGGAGUAAGACGAAAGGCUGAAGAAGAGGGGUGCAGAGAUCGUGGCGGUGUCUGUGACAUGUCCAGAGAUUGAUGGGGUACGUGAGGUCAGUCAAGCGCUUCUGCACGCUGCUUGCACGCUGCUUGCAUCCACCAGAACCUCCGACGCUUCCUAUAUGAGCUAAUGCUUGUCGAUGCAUGUAAGGCGAUCAGGCAACCCAAAAGUGGGCGUCGUACACUUUUUCUUCAGGUUUUCCCGAUGCGCAGAAUUGAUGCGGUCAGUCCAUUUCGUGUUGGCCUAGGUCGGGCGAUCCAAGUAGACUGUACAGGUCAGACAUCCCUCCUGUGACGCGACUAGAUCUCGCCGAGUGACGAUUGCGUGACACUACGAAAAAGUUGUCGAUCAAUCCCAUUUUGAAAACGUAUGGGCGGAUGAUCAUUAAAUUCGCUUUUGUUUGCUGCGCCGUACUGAGAAAGUAUCAGGUUGCUACCCAGGGUAGAGGCGAGGGCGGACAACGUCGGUCAAGGUUGAAAAUCCAGAGAAAGCGCGGGAACCAGAGAAACCCAUUUCUUGGUCAGUAGAGAAUUUGAGUGGUCUCCCGCGCAAAACUUCCUGGUUUCCCCGAUUCUCCUUCUACCCAUUUCAAGGUCGCUUUCCAGCACAUCCCAGACUGCACACUCUAUCCACUAUCCCUCACUAGUCUUGGUCGCCGCCGCCAGGUGUCAGAGGUCAGCCCAAAUCCCACGUUCGCCAAGCCCUCAUGCAGUUGCGAUAUUGUCGAAAAGAAUGUGUUGAGGUGAAAUAGGAUGUGUCAAGCGACAAACGAUGCUAGUGCCAACAAGCAGAAAAAAACC